UUAGCAUACGUUGCUUCACUAGACCGUGCGCAUGUGUUCGCUACGUGGCCAUGUAUCUCUAUGAAUUUGGUUAGGGAAAGAGACGUUGGCUGAUGCCAAAGGCGACCACAUGAAGAUCGACGAAAGAGUAAGUUAAAAUACUUUCCUUUUUCACUAUUAUUUGCUCUCGUACCAGAAAUAUUAACUUAUAAUGGAACUUGGUUAAUAGACACGUGGUGUAAUUUCAAUGUAGGUGUAUAGAUCGUAGAUGUAGAUAGUAGAUGUAUACGUAUAUGUAUGUAUUCGUAUUCAACGUAUAUAGUUGAAUGUUAAGUUCAUUAAAAUUUUAUCAAAAGGAAUGUUUCAUUAAUACAUUAUUCUACGAACACUUCUUAACUGUAAAGAAUUGGUACAAGGAAUUGGGAAUUAAUAUUUAAUUAUGUAAUUAAUGCGUUAUCAAGUAAACGGACCACGUGGUCGGCGGCUGUAAGCAAAAAGUGUAAAUGUUUAAGGAGAUGGCUAUAUAAUUCUACGGUAUCAGUUUGUUUGGAUAAUGAGUUGAAUCGAAACGUUGGGAUAGCGACUUCGUAUCUAUUAUCAGGAAUCUAAAAUGAUGUAAUGCUAUUUGUAAUGUAUGUAUGCCCAUAUUUGUCGAUUGCUGGAUUCCAUAAAACUGUCGUUAAAAGAUGAUAUAAAGUUCGUACUAGAAAACAAUUCUAAACCAGACGUUCUAAACUUUUAUCGGAUAUUUUGUGAAUAAUCAUUAGUAAGUGAUGAUACAUUUAAGUAAAGAUCAGACAGCAGUAGUUUAACGUUUUCUAUAAAAAUUGUUCACGAAUCUAAUCCGAGCCUCGAUAUAAUAAAUGGUACAGCCCAGUUGUUAAUAAUUGUAGUGCAUUUAAUCAUGCUUGCGAUAGCAGAUUUUUGUGGAAUGCUUUUACUUCCAAGAAUAAUAGUUACUGAUUUGAGUUGUUAGUCGGAAAAGGAGUCCUUUUAAUAUUUUUACCGUCGACCAAUGGGAGCGGUUCGACGCUGCCACGUUGCCAAGUAUCCGGUCCGGUUCGACCAAUCGUAGACCCGGCGAGCGGUCGGAGCGGCAUCUCUCCGUGGCUUGUAUAAACGUGAAGUAGCCAGCAGCUUUCGGCCUGGUCGCGGUCGAAAUUUGUCGGGAGCCGUCGCCAUGUUUAGAAGUGUGUGCGUCCUUGAGCGAGUCGAGCGAAAAUGUUCUGUAAAAUAUUAGAUAUAGCUCAUGCACUGUACAUUACGUGAGGUACCUAAUUGCGAUUUAAUGCUCGCCGAUCACGGGUGUAACAAUUAUUUUCGUGGAUGGCUCGCCUACGUCGUAGAAUUUUGUGAUUACAUUAUGUGUAAUGAGUGAUAAGGAGACUACACCUAUUUUACCGCCCCUAAACGGGGGUGGAGGAAACAAUGGGGGUAGUAGCGGAGGUACACCACAACAAACUGUUAAUCUGCAACAAGUCCUUGCUUCUGCUCAAGGACUUAAUGUCCUCACCACCGGUGCUGGACAGCAAUUUGUUAUUACUUCGCAGGUUCCUGGUCUCACACAGGUUCUACCAAAUAAUGCAACGACAAAUGCAAGCAUUCAACAAGUCGGCGUUACAAGAAUCGUUAACAUCAGUGGGACGCCUCCGUGUACAAGCGUGGGGAUCGCAGGUGCAAGCAGUUCGCCUCUCGCUUCCCCUAAUAGACAAGUUUCGCCUAAAGUUGUUUUAGCAACAUCCCCGAAGCUUGUUCGAACAUCGAUUGGAAAUAUAUUCGUUGCACCGACUUCUCAAGCUUCCAUGCAAUCACCGCCUGCCAGGAAAAAGCUGAAGUUAGCGGAUUCCACUGAUGUACCAACUAUGAUCGCCGACGACGCGAUGAGUUACACGAGGAGGAUCAUGGAGCAUAAAAUGAAGAGGAUGCGUGCAAUACGAGAGAAAUACGCAGAGAAUGCAUCAGAAUUAUUCUUUCUCCAUGCCGGGGGCAAUAUGAUGGAUUAUCAAACUUGGAGGAAAAGGCCGCCGACACCUCAAUAUCUGCAUUUUUUACGCCAACAUAGAUUAGAUCCGGAAGACGACGACGAAGAUUUAACAGCCCCACUGCCAGCAAUAACUGAAAUUCCGUUAACACCGAGUACCACGCCAACGACAGUUUCAACAAUAGUUCCUGUGAGUCAGUGUGCAGAAGUCAAAAUUACUGUUGCUCCGGUCGCAGUGUCGACGACGUUGCCUGCUGCCGUAGCCCAACUAAGCCAGCAAGGGAACGCUCCGAUAGUUACAAGUUCGCCAAAAUCUGUAACAACUGUGGCAAGUCCAGUGACGGAUAAACCUAGCACAAUAGCUACAACUGUAACAACAACUGUUACCACUAUGACCACCCCUACUCUUACCCUCACCGAAACUAUAACUACCACUACUAAUACUACUGUUACUACCGUUACUACUACUACUGCUACGACAAAAGCAUCUUCGAUGCCUAUCUUAUCUACUCAGCCAGUCGUCAAGCUCGUGAAGUUACCUGCCUCCACCGCGACUACCACGUGUGAUACCACAAAUAAUCAAGAGCAAAUAGUAGAAAAAGCGAAACAGGAAGCUUACGUCAUGCAGAGGAUCGCGGAACUGCAACGUGAAGGUUUGUGGUCGGAGAGAAGGUUACCUAAAGUGCAAGAACCGGCUCGUACGAAGGCACAUUGGGAUUACUUAUUGGAAGAAAUGGUCUGGCUGGCUGCUGAUUUUGCUCAAGAGCGAAAGUGGAAGAAGGCAGCAGCAAAGAAGUGUGCGCGUAUGGUACAGAAGUAUUUCCAGGAGAAGGCGAUUCAAGCGCAGAAGGCCGAGAAAUCGCAGGAGCUUCGAUUGAAGAAGAUCGCCGGGUUCAUCGCUAAAGAGAUAAAAACUUUCUGGACGAACGUGGAAAAGUUGGUGGAGUAUAAGCAACAAACAAGGCUCGAAGAAAAGAGGAAGCAAGCGCUGGACCAGCACUUAAAUUUCAUCGUGGGUCAAACGGAGAAAUAUUCAACCUGGUUGACGGAGGGGCUUAAUAAAACUGAAGGCUCUCAAAGUAUACCGGCUUCUAUAAAUAGUUCUCGAAUUUCUUCUCCGAUUCCACCUGGGAAAUCUCACUCCGAUGAGGACUUCCAACCUAAUCAAAGUUCGGACGACGAUGAGGAAACUAUAGCGAAAGCAGAAGAGGAACUGAAAUCCGUGACGAAUCAUAAAGAGGAAGUUGAAUUACUGAAGAAAGAAUCGGAAAUACCUUUAGAGGAUCUCUUAAAAGAACUACCGCCAGACUACUUAGAAAAUAGAAGUAAAAGCUUGUCACCUAUGUCGAAAGAAAUUAAGGAAGAAGAGAUCGAAAAGGCAGCGGAUGGAGACAUGGAUUUCGUUGCCGCAUCGGAUGAGUCCUCGGACGAGGAGGAAACAAUUAUGGAACAAGAGAAACUAGAGGCAAAUACGGAUUAUAAACAAGAAUUGGAUGAUCUUAAAGCUGAGAAUGAAAUGUCUAUCGACCAACUCAUGGCCAAAUAUGGGAACGUGGGAGAUGUUCCAAUGGACGUUGAACAAGAGUCCACUCAAGAUUUUGAUAAGGAAAGUGCAAAAGAGGAAGAGGGUCAAGAAAAUGAUGAGGAGUCCACAGAUGACGAGAGUGAAAGCGAGGAGAGCGAUAACGAAGUCGAAGACGAAUCUCAGACGCAAUCGGACAACGAAGCUGAUAUUGGGCUCAAGUCUCUAUUGGAAGAUAUAUCCAUGGAAAAAUCAACGGACGACAAGGCUGGGGAAAUUGAUCAUUCUAAUGCUCGCGAUGAAAUGGAUAAUGUAGCGGCACUGGCAGAAAGUAUUCAACCCAAAGGAAACACAUUGCUUACCACCAGUGUUGUCACAAAAAUUCCGUUUCUUCUGAAGCAUUCGCUUCGAGAAUACCAACACAUAGGAUUGGAUUGGCUUGUAACGAUGUACGAUAGGAAGUUAAAUGGUAUUUUGGCAGACGAGAUGGGUUUGGGUAAAACCAUACAGACGAUCGCUUUACUCGCGCACUUGGCGUGCGAAAAGGGUAACUGGGGUCCUCACCUUAUAAUAGUACCAACAUCUGUGAUGCUCAAUUGGGAAAUGGAAUGCAAGAAGUGGUGUCCUGGAUUUAAGAUUUUAACUUACUACGGAACGCAGAAGGAAAGAAAACAGAAAAGAACAGGGUGGACGAAACCUAACGCUUUUCAUAUAUGUAUAACGUCGUACAAGCUGGUCAUACAGGAUCAUCAAAGUUUCCGAAGAAAAAAGUGGAAGUAUCUCAUAUUGGACGAAGCACAGAAUAUAAAAAAUUUCAAAUCACAGAGAUGGCAAUUACUACUAAAUUUCCAGACACAGCGACGAUUGUUACUCACCGGUACACCUCUGCAAAACAAUUUGAUGGAACUGUGGUCGCUCAUGCAUUUCUUGAUGCCAAACGUAUUUCAGUCGCAUAGGGAAUUCAAGGAAUGGUUUAGCAAUCCCGUUACCGGAAUGAUCGAAGGCAACAGCGAAUACAAUGAAAAUAUUAUACGUCGUCUGCAUAAGGUCUUGCGCCCUUUUUUAUUACGGAGAUUGAAAACUGAGGUAGAAAAGCAAUUACCGAAGAAGUACGAACACGUUGUCAUGUGUCGUCUAUCAAAGAGGCAGCGAUAUCUGUACGAUGAUUUUAUGUCUAGAGCAAAAACAAAAGAGACUCUUGCCAGCGGUAAUUUGUUGAGCGUCAUUAACGUAUUAAUGCAAUUGCGGAAAGUAUGCAAUCAUCCAAAUUUGUUUGAAGUGAGACCUACUAUAUCACCGUUUCAAAUGGAGGCCAUCGAGUUUGUAACUGCGUCCUUAGUAUGGGGCGCUCUUGAUUACGAUCCGUUUAAGCAUAUCGAUCUGUCUAGUAUUAAUCUUUUUUUAUGCGAUCUGGACUUGACACUUACCGCGUUCGUGGCGCACAGAGUCAGGCGGUUGCAAACGCCGCGAAAACUCAUCGAGGAAAUAGACAGUCAACCGGAGCCACCUCCGAGAUGUCCACCUGGAAAAAUUAAAAUCAAUGUUAGGCUAUCUAAUCAAGCUAGACCGUCGUCUAUCCAACAGCAGACUCAAGCGAAGUUCAAGAACCUAGCUGGAAUCUUGCCUACUCCAAAAGUUGGAACGUCUCCUCUAAUUAAAACUGCGAAUAAUCAGAGUGCUCCGAGACAAGGUGUUACGUUGAAAGUAGCAAGUGGUCAGUUGCAGGGAUAUCCCGUACAACUGGUUCAACAUCAAGGCAGCGUGAAAGCGAUCCCUGUCGGGACACUAGCACAUAAUCCACAAAGUACAACAGUGACACCGACUACAGCAGCAACGAAUGCACAGAGGAUUACAGUAGGGAAUGCGAACAUUAGAGAUGGACUGCAACGACUAGCAACGCAGACUGUCACGUUUAAGCAAGGCGAUUCCGUCCAAAGAUUCUGUCUCAAAUCUCAGACUGUGCCUAGUUUCGCACAGGUGGUUCAAACAUCUACUGGUAGACAUAUCUUUUUGACUUCAAAUCAACAAAACACUAACACAGUUUCAUUUCCAGUGAUGAGUGGGCAACGUUUAACGGUUUUAUCGAAAUCUCUGAUGGGCCUAUCUACUUCGGCAGCUACGGUGAACAAAGUAAUAGGAGGAGUGGUGACUACUUCGAGUGGCACAAGUGGAAGACCUGUAAUGAGGGUACCGCCACUUAAUGUUACCGCCUCUCAAGCACAGUCCCCCACUGGUAAUGGACAACCGCAGCAACAGCAAUCGAUCCGUUGCGGUAUCGUCACGCGACACGCACAAAAAGAUACAGAAAAGGCACAAACGAAAGAACGUCCAAAAUCCGAAUUCUAUUUGCCGCAAUUAGAAGAAGAAAGGAAACAGAGACGUGAGGCUAAACUCGAACUUCUUGCGAACAUUAAUGAAAGACGAUGCGCCGCGUGUCCUCUUUACGGUGAGGAUCUGUUCAUGGCGCUGAGAAUUGGUAAACCGUCUACGGCUUGCCGAUGGCAUAACGGUUGGGUACACUGUGCGACGACUAAGAACAGCACGCGUACAAGGAAGCAGUUUUUCUCUCGCACAGAAGCGCUUGCGGAAGCUAUUAAAAGUACGGAGCAAAUUGUUGAAGAGUUGAAAGAAGUUUUCGAAAGGUUCGUCGUACACGUUCCCGCCGUGUGUGCUCCAACGCCACGUUUCCAUGUUUCGCAUCCUCCGCCACAUAAACUAUUCGGUCAACGGCGAAUGCAGAUGGAAUUGCAACGUCAGCUAUCGCCAAAAUUAGCAUUGUUCCAUCCAGUAGCAAGCGCAACGAUGACGCAGUUCCCCGAUCCCAGAUUAAUACAGUACGACUGCGGGAAGUUACAAUCGUUAGAUCAGGUCCUUAGGAAACUCAAAUCGGAGAAUCAUAGAGUUCUAAUAUUUACACAAAUGACGAGGAUGUUGGACGUGUUGGAGGCUUUUCUCAAUUACCAUGGUCACAUAUAUUUACGUUUGGACGGCACUACUAGAGUAGAUCAGCGACAGGUUUUGAUGGAAAGAUUUAACGGGGACAAAAGAAUAUUUUGUUUCAUUUUGUCAACGAGAUCUGGAGGUGUGGGCGUAAAUCUUACAGGGGCGGAUACCGUUAUAUUUUAUGACAGCGAUUGGAAUCCAACGAUGGAUGCCCAGGCGCAAGACAGGUGUCACAGAAUCGGACAAACCCGAGAUGUGCACAUCUAUAGGUUAGUAAGCGAGAAGACUGUGGAAGAAAACAUAUUGAAAAAAGCAAAUCAGAAGAGACUGCUCGGAGAUCUAGCGAUCGAGGGUGGCAAUUUCACAACUGCAUACUUCAAAAGUUCCACGAUUCAAGAUCUCUUUAAUAUUGAUCAAUCGGAGAACGAUGCGUCGACUCGAAUGGCCGAGGUACUGGAGCAAAACAGAGAUCGGGAGAAGUUCUUGCAAAAGGACGGUCAGGGAUCUUCGGUCGAGGAUAAAAUAGCGAUGGGUGCGCUCGAGAGCGCGCUUGCUGCCGCCGAAGAGGAUCUCGACGUUCAAGCUGCGAAGACUGCCAAGGCCGAGGCUGUUGCCGAUCUCGCGGAGUUCGAUGAAAAUAUACCUUUGGAUGAUGCAGACAAAGAUGAUACGCAAGUUAGCAAGGCCGAGCUCGAAGUGCAGAACUUAGUAUCUCAGUUGACGCCGAUAGAACGGUACGCUAUGAAGUUUGUCGAAGAGUCGGAAGGCGCGUUUUCCUCGGCGCAACUGGCCGCAGCUGAACGCGAGCUCGAGGAGCAGAAGAAGGAAUGGGAACUGGAUCGUUUACGCGCGCUGCGGGAAGAAGAGGAGAGGCGUAUGCGUCUAGCCGACGACGACGAGAAGCCGUUAACGUUCGGACGUGAGGAUGCGCAAAAUCAGGUUAAUAGUGCUAGUAAUUCUAAGAAAUUAGUCAAUAAGAAACUCCCACCGAAUAGGAGGAGGAAUUCGCGUAAGAAUAUUAGUAAAAGUGCUCAAGAAUCGGAAAGUGAUACUGACACUACUACCGAGUCUGAGUCUGAAUCGCAGGAAGACGUAGUCGAAGAUAGUCUCGAUGAAGAGUCGAGUCAUACGGAGAGUCAGAGUCAGGGCGACGAGGAUGAGGAGGAGGAAGAGAUGAACGAUCAGAACGAUUCGGAGAAAGGGGAAUAUCCGAAGCGUAAGAACCGUUCCAACAAGUCGUUCAGUCAGAACCACUUCGAUUUGAAUAGUCCGCGAACGAGAUCUAGGGGUAACGUUAAAAUCAACUUAUGGACUUUGGACGUGAGUCCGAUCUUGCCGGGUAUAAAACCCAAGUGUCGCGGUAGAGCCAGUAACCUACGGAAACAACGCGAGCUCGAGAUGAGGAUCAAAGCGCAGGGGAAACGUUUCGUGCCACCGGGUUUGAGUUGUAGAAAAUUCAAUAUCACGAAUUCUUCGAGUAAAUCCGACGACGAAGAUAGUACAACUCAGAAAGAAGUAUCCGAUACGGAACAGAUGGCGAUCGACAAAGAAGAGAAUUGUAAAAUGGUUCAAAAUCAUGCAAAAUCGGUGCGCGAUUCUUUAGAUAUGGAAACGUGUUCUCAGUCGGAUAAUUCGUCUGUCACGUCGGAACAGUAUAAAGAUUCGGAAUCUAGUUUGGUCGAUGAAAAAGUGUGCGAUGAUGUAAGUCAAGACAAUCCGGAACAAUACAGUAACUCCGAACCGGAGACGAACAGUAAUGAUGAGUCGGAAAAUUUUAGCAUCGAUUCAGCAUCGCAAAACAGUAACUCUAAUUCGCCAGCUAUACAAUCGAACAGUUCGAAACAUACCUCCGAUUCGAAAUGUUUGAAGAAUUCGAUAACGUUGGACAUAGAUGAAGAAAUUAGUAUAUCGGGAAAUUCAACGAUUACUCCUUUGAAAAAUAAAAUGACUGUUCAAGAUAAUGUUGAAACAAAUUCUAUCGAAGAAAAAGAAGAGUCUUGUGAAUCGAGAACAUCUGAAAAUAACUACAGUAUCGUGGAUGAACUACAAGAUAACAGCGUUUCCGAUGAUGAACGUACAAGGACCGAUGCGAGACCACACAGCGCCGUCGAUACAAAAAAGAAAACAACCGUAGAAGAAACUCCAGUGAAUGAGGAACAAUACGAUGAAAGUACUUUAGGCUUGCAAGAUCAGUCUCCCAGUGAAAAGGAAUCGAAAUCUGUGAUAGGAUCAAGCUCUAGUCAGGAGUCCAAUAUCAGCGAACAGAACUGUACUAAGUCGGAUGAGUGCACGCGUGACGAGGAUAAAGGAAAUAUCCAAUCUACUUCGAAAACCAGUGACAAUACUUCUUGCUCCAAUACUACGAGUUCUAACAGCUCCGAAACGAGCGAAACCAAGGAUAAAUUUCGAAAACCGAGUUUAGUAUCUUACGGAGUGAUCACAAGAAGCGCAAAAUUAAAUCUUAGCAUAGGAAAUACGGAAAAUAAGAAUUCGAGCGCGCACUCAUCUAACGAGUCUAGCGAAUCGAGACAGAAUCAAGAAAACGAAGCUUCGCAUCCGACUACUCCUCGUAAGGAAAUCAGUAAGACUCGAAGACCCGAUACUCCUCGGCCUACAGCAGAAUGCAGUAGUAGUAGAGUUACGAGAUCGAGCGCUGUUCGUUCGUUCACACCACCUCCGAGUAGCAAUGCGAGUUUUUCCAAAACGAAACGACCGGACACUCCGAUGCCCGAGUGCUUCAAAGCGUCAUCCCGACCAACAACGAGAUCCAUGCCAUGUAUUCUCCCGCAACCAAGUAACGAAGAACAAAACACGUGUGAGAAGCGAACGACUCGUAGCUCUAAGACUUUGGACAAUGGUUUCAUGAGUCCGCCUCCUCCGUUUAAAAGAAGUAGUUCGAUACCGCCGACAAAACCAUCGUCCGAGACGAAGGACUUCGCUGUUCCUGUUACGACCCGGUCCAAGAGGAACAGCGAAUCUUCCAAUAUAAAUACGAACCCCAGGCGACGACCGGACACGCCAGUUCCUACGUUUGAGCAAGUGUCGAGAGUCACCAGAUCCGGACUAAAUUUCACAUUGAACUCGGGGAAAUCGAAUCACGUGUCGAGAAGUAAUAAAAAUGCUCGGAAAUCAGAUUCGUCUUCCGAUCCGAAAACGCAGGUAGAAGAAGCUUCAAACUUAAACACGGAUUCGAACGGGAACGCGGUUGUAUCGGAAACGUUCGCGAAACAGGAAGACACGGCGUUAUCUCUUUACAACGACGAGAGACCGCAAAGAACCGCUAAAGUCGUCGCUAUUCUUACUCUGGAUACGAGAAACAACCACGUUAGUAAAGCCUCCAGUUCCGUUCAUUCGAAGUCGUCUAAUUGCAAUUCCACCGACGCGAAGAAUACUAAAAAAAACGCCGAUUCUAAUUCGAACACCGCGUCCGAUUCGACAGGAAAAAAUUGCCUCAGGAUCUCCGACGUUACAUCCAAUUGUAAAGUAGACAGAUGGUGCGAAUCCGGUGUAGAUAUAGACUCUUCGAACGUGCUUUCCAAGGUAGUACGUACUUAUUCGAAUACCAAGAAGCCGGGAAAAGCGUCGCCGUUGAAUAAAAGCGCGACGCUGAAUGCCAAUCAUAAAACUGAUAAGGUCCCGUUGCCUGUACAAUCGGCGGUGAUAGCCUUGGUGGACUUAGACAACGAUCCCAAUUACGAUUCGUCCGACGGAUCGCAAAGAUUGAGAAGAAAGCUAAAGCGAACGCGAUUAUCCUCGUUUACGAAGUCCUUGAAGGAAGACGAGCCGCAGGUGAACGCGUUAGACGAUGAAGAACAGAUACCGCCAAAAAAGUCGGUUCGUUCGCAGCUUCCUCCUCCUCCUUCGUCGCAAUCCAUGCAGCUGGAGAAGAUAAAUAGUGGUUCUAUAUCUUGAGUCUCGCUAAAACUUUAUCGCUGUAACAUUUAGCAGCGUGUUUGUAUAAAUAUUCGAAUCAUGUUUCGAAGAACAUUGUUCUCGGACGACUACCAUCACAUGGAAUCGCGUUCGGGUGAAACCGGUCGAAGGUUCCAAGAUUUUCUUAAUUUUCACAACACGAUCCUUGUAUAUAAUCACGAAGAUAAAGAUAAGUGAGAAGUUUCUUUCGUUGUACUGAGUACACGCUCUGUAAUAUUUUUAGAAUUGUAAAUUAUAGUCUCUCUUGUAAAGGUUUCGAAUGUCUUUUAAGCGGCAUUGUAAUUUAUACUUGGUGAUAAAAAAAAGAGUGGAACGAUUAAAAAUCAUCCGGCUGUACCAUAAUAGGAUAUAGAGACGAGGAAAGGAAAAAAUAAUUCACUAAUAGCUAGUUCCAUUAGUACGCUACGAGUCUGCCGUUUCUCGGAACGAGUUUGUGGCGUUAACAAUCGUUAAACAAAUAUGAAUUGAAAUAGACAUUCGAUACGGAAGUAAAAAGGAAUCAACAAUAAUACUGUGAAUGCGUCGGUACUUUGCUCUCGUGUGUAACGCCUUGUGUCCACGUAACUUUGCAAGGUAACGACCCGAUUGCAUUGCUAGAUUUAAGAAGUUCUUCGUUUAAACGGUAUGCCCCACUGUAAUAUUUAAGUUGCGUGCCUGUAUUUUGUAUGAUCGAGUGAGUCCGAGAAAGGAAAUAAACAAAAUAUUCCUUGCUACUAUAA